AUGAAUCCUGUAGGAAGUUUGGUGAUGUUGCAGUGUGCAGUGACAGGGCGUGACCCCACGAUGAAUCCUGUAGCAGAUCAGUGCGACAUCAACAACGUAGAGAAGACAAUGUGGAGGUUGAGGAAGAUGCACUGCGCCAAACACGUGGCAUUACCUCCAGGACUCCAGAUACACAUCUUCAGAUCGCCAAGCAAAAAGGCUCUUUUCCGGCUUGUUCUCGGGGUUGGUGUGGUGGUUGUGUUGACAACCUUGGUGUCAGAAGAGUUGAUGUCUACCGGCAUGACGAAGUGGUCCAAUGUCGUCAAGUUAAACAUGAGGGACAAGAAGAUCCAUCUUCAGUAUCAUGACGUAAUGCCAGGAUCUGCCCACAUCUCAGGUUCUCUGAACAUAUCAAACAUCAGGUCAGGAUUUCCAGAAAGUACAACAGGUGAUGAGAAGAAUACAACUAAACUGAUACUGUGGUAUUUGCGACCAAAUUAUGUCAAACCUACAAAUGAAGGAGAGUUACGUCCCUUGAAGAACUGUCCUCAUUUAAACUGUCGGGAAACAACGGACGAGAAACUGCUACCUCGUGCAGAUGCCGUUGUAUUUGAUGUUCAUUAUAAAAUCAGGGCUAAUAAUAUACCGCCAAGAUACCCAGAACAGACCUGGGUGUUUUACGCUCAAGAGUCUCCAAUCUACGUCAGAUCGAGUGUGUACAGAAUGGACAGAUGGAGGGCUUCUUUUAACUGGACCUGCACUUACCGACGAGAUUCCGACGUGUGGUUACCGUACGGAAUUAUCCGCAAAAAACAAAAAACAGCCAGGAAAGAUUAUCGUAAAAUAGCAGAAAGUAAAACCAAGAUGGCGGGUUGGCUGGUGAGUCACUGUUCAAGUCAGAGCAAGCGUGAAGAGUUUGCCAAGCGACUGGUAGAGCAGGGUAUCCAAGUUGAGAUAUUUGGAGACUGUGGAAAGAAAUGCGGGAACAGAAGUAAAGUUGGAUCAGAAACCUGUGAAGACUUGGCAUCUAGGAAUUAUUCCUUCUAUCUAGCAUUUGAAAACUCUCUCUGUAAAGACUACGUCACUGAAAAGUUCUUCCAUAUGUACAACAAAGAUGUCAUUCUUGUAGCACGGGGAGGGGUCCAGUUUUUGGAAAGUCUCCCAAAGGGCACGUUUAUAAAUACGGAUGAUUUUACAAGUGUGAAUGAUCUGGCGGCAUAUCUGAAAUGGCUACACGAAGAUAAAGACGAAUCUCCAUUGGUCAUUUUGGGACAGUGUUCCCUCUACGCUGAUGAUACCAAGCUAAUGGACAGCCUCUCGCAAGAGGCUUGA